AUGGCGUCGGUCAACAUGUCUUGCCCAGAGAUAGACAAUACAUUUGGCCCUUGGGCUAAACAAUGCCGUGGAGAGUUUGAUUUCACUCUUCUCUUCGAGGAGAGCAUUCUCACACUGGUACCGUUAGCUUUCAUGAUCCUAUUAACCCCAUUCCGAAUUGCAUACCUUUUCAAAAAGAAGCGAAAGGUAGAAGAUAGCCCUUUGAUUCAUAUGAAGAUUACAUCUCUUGCAGCAUAUUGUGGUUUGCAAUUGUUACUUGUAAUACUCUGGACUCGCCCAAAUGUCGAUAGAACUCAGCUCUCAAUUGCGGUUAACGCCCUCACUCUCGUUGGCUCUAUACUUUUCGUCCUCCUUUCAUAUGCAGAGCACCUAUACACGACCACGCCGUCCUUGAUGCUCAAUGCAUUCUUUUUCUUCACGCUAAUUUUCGACAUUGCUCGAGCAAGGACCUUAUGGUUACGAGAGACGUCGGACUCUGGUCAAAUUAUUGCAUGGGGCUUCACUGCCACGGUUGCCUUGAAAUUUGUGAUCCUGAUCCUGGAAGUUGCCGAGAAGAGGUAUAUGCUCAAGCCAGAAUAUAAGGCCUAUCCGCCCGAGGCCACUGCUGGUAUCUUAAACCGAAGCUUUUUCGUCUGGCUCAACUCUCUCUUCUGGAACGGUUUCUCCAAGCUACUCUUCGUUGAAGACCUGUAUGACCUUGAUAAGCAUCUCCUGUCGGAGCGUAUCCAUAACCGCAUGGACGCUGCAUGGGAAAAAGGUAUGUUGCCAUUCUUGUUGAACAAGGCAAUUCUCCUUGCUUCCGAACCCAUUACCGAACAGACUACCAACCAGGGAUAUGGACUCAUUUUUGCCUAUGUUAUUGUAUACGUUGGUUUGGCCGUUACCAUGGGCCAAUAUCAGCAUUUGACUUACCGUGCUAUUACCAUGGUUCGUGGUGGUUUGAUCUCUAUGCUUUACCGCAAAGCGACCGACAUAAACAUCCAGGAUGUGGACCCGGCCUCAUCCAUGACCCUUAUGAGCGCUGAUAUCGAGCGUAUCGUUCAAGGAUGGCAGACCAUGCAUGAACUCUGGGCAGCAGCAGCUGAAGUCGGCAUUGCCAUCUUCUUGCUUCAGAAGCAGCUCGGUGUUGCUUGUGUUGUGCCAAUUGCUGUUUCGAUUCUCUCUCUCUUCGGAUCUGUGAUUGCAAUGAACUUCGUAAUGGCCCAUCAAGCGUCUUGGUUGGAGGCCAUCGAGCGCCGUAUCUCUGCCACCAGUGUGAUGCUCGGGUCCAUGAAGGGAGUGAAGAUGUGUGGUUUGAAGGAGGUUCUCCUGACGAAUUUGCACAAUUUGAGACUGGAAGAGCUGAACAUUUCCAAGAAGUUCCGUAAACUCCUGAUCUGGAAUAUGGGUUUUGCAUUUGUCUCGCAAAUCUUUGGACCUAUCAUCACAUUUGCUGUCUUUGCCGCUAUUAACAAAAACGGUGGUGGCAACGCCAUUUUAGAUAUCAGUCGAGUGUUCACCUCGCUGUCCCUGUUUGCGUUGCUGUCGGAGCCGUUGCAGUCAUUGAUUAUGUCCUUGGUGACAUUCUUGGGUUCAGUCGGAUGCUUCACUCGUAUCCAGGAAUUUUUGGACAAGCCUUCCCGAGUUGAUUCCAGAAGACAGCCGGAGGAACGAGCAAACCUCUUCUCCCUUAGCCAGCAGACACUUGCCCUCUCCGAUAAGGAUGCCAUCAAGAAUAAUGAAAAGGCCACCAGGAGCUCCACCACUCCAACUCUCAAAUCGAUGAAAUCUGGCGGUUCGUUCCCGUUCAAAGGAAUGCCCCUUUCCAACCCCGAAAUCGACGCCGUUGCAAUCCGUGAUGGGUGCUUCGCGUGGGAGAAUGAGAAGGGCGCCGUUCUGAAAUCUAUCAAUACCACCAUGCCCCGCUCCAAGACCACCGUCAUUGUCGGGCCUGUCGGCUGUGGUAAAUCGACUCUUCUGAAAGCUAUACUUGGUGAAGUCGUCUGCCUCGGAGGAGUUGUCGAGGUUGCAUCCAUGAACAUGGCCUUCUGCGACCAAACCGCCUGGCACAUGAAUGAGAGCAUCAAGGACAGCAUUGUCUCCGUUUUGGACUGGGAUGAAAAAUGGUAUUCAACUGUCGUACAGGCCUGCGGUCUCGCACAGGAUCUUCGACAGCUUCCCCGCGGUGACCAGACAAUCGUAGGCAGCAAGGGUAUCGCACUCAGCGGUGGCCAGAGCCAACGUAUCGCACUUGCCCGAGCCAUCUAUGCUCAGAAAGACAUUCUCAUUCUCGAUGAUGUGUUGAGCGGAAUCGAUGCUGCCACCGAGAAUCACAUCUUCCACCAUUUGCUGGGAGAAGAAGGAUUGCUGCGACGACUUGGCACCACGGUCAUCAUCACUUCGUCUUCGCCCAAGCGUGUUCCGUAUGCCGACCAUAUCAUUGCCCUUAGCGCCGAGGGCUGCAUCGCCGAGCAAGGCAAAUUCGACGAGCUCAACGCCUCCGGUGGCUAUAUCUCCAGCUUCAACCUUCCCUCGCCUGACUGGCUGUUCAAACCAGAGCCAGAGCGCCCUCUACCGGCGCCGGCUGUCAUCGAUGACACCCCUCAGACGUCUGAAGAGCUUGAGGCCGCGGCCAAUCGACGAAUGGGCGACAUGGCCAUCUAUCUAUACUAUGCUCGAUCCAUCGGUUGGCCAACCACCCUCGUCUUCAUGUUCUUCAUCAGCGCAUUCGUUUUCUGUAUCUCGUUCCCAACCAUAGCUAUCUGGCUGAAGUGGUGGGCUGCCGCCAACGUCGAAGCACCCUAUGAGAGGCUCGGUUACUACCUGGGUAUCUAUGUGAUGCUUGGUGUCCUUGCCAUCAUCUCUCUUAUCCUUGGUUCAUGGCAGAUGAUCAUCACGAUGGUCCCCAAGUCCGGAGAAGCCUUCCACUUCACUCUCCUCAAGACCGUCCUGUCCGCUCCGCUGUCAUUCUUCUCCACCACCGAUCAGGGUGUGACGAUGAACCGAUUCUCUCAGGACCUGCAGCUCAUCGACAUGGAACUUCCCGUUGCUGCACUCAACACCUUUGCGACUUUCGUCCUGUGUUUCGCUCAGAUGGUCAUUAUCGGUGUUGCAUCGGUCUAUGCUGCCAUUUCAUUCCCACUCAUCAUCGGCCUCCUGUACAUGAUCCAAAAGUACUACCUGCGCACCUCUCGACAGCUCCGAUUCAUGGACCUCGAGGCCAAGGCGCCUCUGUACUCACAGUUCACCGAGUGUCUCAACGGCCUGGCCACUAUCCGCGCCUUUGGAUGGCAGGAAGCCCUCGAGAAGAAGAACCGUAAACUGCUCGACCGCUCCCAGAAACCGUUCUACCUGCUCUUCUCCGUGCAGCGAUGGCUGACCCUGGUCCUCGACAUGGUCGUCGCCGGUAUUGCUGUCCUGUUGAUUGUCCUGGUCAUCAAGCUCCGUGGAACCAUCAGCGGCGGGUAUGCUGGUGUCGCUCUUCUGAACGUCAUCCAGUUCAGUCAGAGUAUCAAACUGCUUAUCACUUUCUGGACAACGCUUGAAACCCAUAUCGGAGCCAUUGCCCGUAUCAAGGUGUUCAACGAGACCGCCCAGUCUGAAGAGAAGGAUACCGAGACCACCCAACCUCCGGACAACUGGCCUGCCCAGGGAGGAAUCGAGUUCCAGUCUGUGUCUGCAGAGUACCGACCAGGCGAGCCCAUCCUAAAGAACGUCACCCUGACCGUCGCUCCAGGAGAGAAGCUUGGAAUCUGCGGUCGAACCGGAAGCGGAAAGAGUUCUCUCAUCCUAACAAUCUUCCGCAUGCUUGAACUGAGUGGCGGCAGCAUCUUGGUUGAUGGCGUGGACCUCAGCACCAUCCCCCGUUCAGAGAUCCGGUCCCGUAUCACCGGUGUAUCCCAAGAUGCUCUCAUCCUCAAGGGCUCUAUGCGCCUCAACGUGGACCCAACAGGCACUAUGGCCGACGAUGCCAUGAUCUCCGCGCUCAAGAGCGUGCAGCUAUGGAACAUUGUCAACGAGAAGGGCGGACUAGACGUCGACAUUGACGAGUUCCAUCUCUCCCACGGCCAGAAGCAGCUGCUCUGUCUUGCUCGGGCAAUCCUGCGGCCCAGCACUAUACUUAUCCUCGACGAGGCCACAAGCAAUGUCGACAACAAAACCGAUGAGAUCAUGCAGCGAGUGAUCCGAGAGAAGCUGUCUUCUCGCACCAUCAUCGCUGUUGCACACAAGCUGGACACCAUCCUCGACUUUGACCGGGUCGCCCUCCUGGACGGUGGCGAGCUGCUCGAGUACGACGACCCGUACACCCUUCUGUCGACCGACUCCUCCUUCAGCAGGCUGUACUCCAGCACCAUGGCCGAGACGCCAGAGGAUGUCGAGAUCAUCAGCGUCUCAGACGAGAUGAUCAGCACGCCAGCUACAGGGCGUAACAGCACAUAG